AUGGAAAGCGAGGAGGAGCAUAUAAAACACUGUUUGUUAUACGAGUUCGAUAAAAAGAGUACGGCAGCCGCAGCAUGUCGCAAUGUUUAUCAAGUUUAUGGGGAGGAUGCAGUAGACGAAAGCACAUGUCGUCGGUGGUUUCGUAAAUUUAGGGAAGGAGACAGAAGCUUCCAAGAUCUGGCUAGAAGUGCACGGCCAUCACACGUUAGAGAAGACGAUAUUGACCAAGCCAAUAAGGAACAACCCAAACCCAACCGUGCAAGAAUUAGCGGAGACCUUCAACGUACACCGGACAACGGUCGAGAGACGGCUGGUUAA